AUGUCAGAACAAUUAACCAACGUUUCUGAUGACCUAUCUCCGCUCGAGAGCAGCGACCUACCCAUCCACAAAGGUGCAUACAAAGGCGACAUCCCAUUGCUAGCAUCUCUUGUGCCCCUCUGCGAGGACAUCGAUAUCCGAAGUGCCUGCAACUGUACACCAUUGCAUCUUGCGAUUCGAGGCAACCAUGGAGACGCCGUUCAACUGCUCCUGUCUGCUGGAGCAGAUCCCACGCUCCAGGAUACCUUAGACACUGCGAUGCAACCACCUUUCGAUGCCGUAGAUCUUGCUGCUUGGCUAGGUGCUCAGCAUGCAAUGUCCGCCUUGAUUGAUGCUGGUCUUGAAAUACCAGCCAGUGCAUUCGGGAGAAGCGCAUCACUGAAUCAUGUAGAAUGCAUGCGCAUCAUGUUGAGCAAGCUACCUGACCAGAGGUUUUCCGAUCAACCAAAACUUGAUGGUGUAAGGUUAGCAUUGGGCCGGGCGGCAAUCUGCUGGCAUUUGGAAGCAGUAGAAUUUCUUCUCACCCAAGUGCGCGGAUUUCCAGACGAAACUAAGCCUCAAGAUCGAACUGCCCUAGGUAUUGGCGUUGCCCUUGCCGUUGACCUAGAAUAUAUCUGCGUCGAUGAUUGUCGUUGGAGCACCAUAGCAAACCCCAAACGGUUGCCGAUUAUACUGGAAAAGCUAGUAGCAUCUGGUGCUGAUGUGAAUGCCGAACAUCCUGCAACUGGGAAUAGUGGUUUUUGGACAGUUGUUGAAGAUCAAGACCUCACGCGAUUCUUUCUGGGACAUGGCUUGCGCCAAGAAAGCCAGACCAAGGGAGGUCAUACUCCCAUAUUUGGUAUCGUUUAUAGCGUCAACACUGAGCCUUCCCUCUUGGAGGCCUUUAUAGCCGCUGGAGCAGAUGUCAACCAUAAAGAUCGAGCGCUUCGAACACCUUUACACUAUACCGCGAACCGAGCUCUUGCCGAAAUACUUUACCAGCAUGGCGCGGAUCUUUCUGCGAAGGACAAGUAUGGCUUGACGCCGCUUCACUCGGCUUGCAAGAACGGACGUCUGGAUGUCAUUCGAUACCUGAUAUCGAUGGGCGCGGCAAUCGAUGAGCCUGCCUCAUGUGGAUACACACCGCUACUUUACAGUCUUAGCAAUGAAGAGGACGAUUUCGAAGAUUGCUCUUUCCCACUCCACCCUUCGGCAGAACAAUGCCCAAGCAUUGAAGUCACACGAAUACUACUGGCACAUGGAGCGAAUGUUCAUGCAGCUACAGCCAGUGACCAGACAGCACUGCACGGUGCUGCCCGUAUCGGUGACAUUGAGCUUGUUCGUUCUCUUGUCGAUGUUGGUGCAAAUUUUCGAGCUGGAAACGCAAAGGGCGAAACAACCCUUCACAUCGCAGCACGUACAGCCAGCGUCCAGACCGUGCAGUAUCUCAUGGAGGAAGGCGCGGACGUUCAUGCCGUAACUUCAUCUGGCCAAUCUGUAAUGCAUGCAGCGUGCUCUUCGGGUACUAUAACAACAUUGCCUGCCAUCACCAUCAUCUUGGAAAUGCUACUCGAAGCAGGAGUCGAUGUCAAUGCCAAGGACAUCACAGGCGCAACACCAUUACAUGUUCUGUACAACCAGUGCUACAGAUCCCGCUUGUGUGAUACAAAGGCCUUCAACAUGCUUCUACGAAGAGGCGCCGAUAAAAUGGCCGAAGACAAGGAAGGUGAGAGCGUCAAUGAUCUCGUUGAGAAGGACGACAUUUGGACUUGGGAUGAAGAAGGGCUGCUGGAGAGGACUAAAAUCUCUACUGGGUAUGGGACCUGGCGUGGUGUUAGGGGCCGAGGAAGUUGGAUAAGAGGCCGUGGUGGUACGAGGGGUCACUGA